CUCUCUUGUGAACUGCGUUCAGGUCGCUAUCCAGUGAAAGGGCACAUAAGUGGAAUCUUGGAUGGCUGUGUCAUGAGGUGGUAGAGCUGGAUUGGAUAGCAUCCGAGGACCUCGACAGACAUGUCUGCAUCUUACUUCGAACUGGACUUCAAUCCAUCUUUCGACACUUUACAUCAGGGCCAGCAUUCGGGUAUUGCAAGACCAAGACCAUCUCCCUUACCACUAGGAGCACCCUCAAGCAUCAGUCCUUCUAUAUCGCCUACCUUCAGCUCACGUUCAGCCCCGACUAGCCCGUUGUCUCGACCACGUCUGCCUCCGGGCUUGACGCCUCUCUCUCAAAUCUCGCCCCUUUACCUGCAAAGCCAGCCACAGAUCAAUGCCGAGGGUUCCUCCUCGUAUACUUCAGCCUUCUACACCAGACAUCCAUCUCGGCCUGUUCAAGGGGGUUCGACCUCCCCUCAAAUCGUCAAUGUUCAGUCUGCGAGGACGAACGGAUCGACAAACCCGCUCCGGCGGACUUUGUCGGGAAAGACAGUUGCGAAUGCAAAGGCUGGUCCUUCAACGUUCCGCUCGCGAGGCAGAUCACGUCGUUCUCAGAACGGUAUCUCUUCGUCCUCGGAGACAGAGACAGAGGUCGAUUCGGACUCUACAUUUGUCCCUGGUCGCAGGACCAAUUCGCGACACAAACAAUCUCUCUCACAACCUGAUCUCGUCGCCCUUCGAUCCAGGCUCGAAGGAUGGGCGGGGGACGUUGCCAGGGGACAGAACCCAGGCGGAGACAAGAGAUCACAUGUGAUCAAGAAACGAGCCACUCCUCCGGCGUCGCCAAAUCCCGCAGCUUCAUACUUUGGAACCUUUGGCAGCACUAGUCCUCUGACCAGAUCUCACGCUUCUCUCGCUUCUCUGCAGAAAACCCCUUCACCACAUCCGAGUCCACCUUUGCUCACCCCAAUGACGCCCGUCAUGUCGGCCGCAUCCUCGGAGGCAUCAACUCCCAUGACCGUCGGCAGGACAAUGCCCACUGGAGGAGUCACGGGAAGUGAGGAUGCCGAUGACGAUACAGCUUCGGGCACGGACUCGCCUUCGUCAGAGUCCCUCUCUUUCACUUCUCGAAAGAGCCGACUUCGCCAUCGCAUGCCUGAACGCUCAAAGAGUGGCUUGGGCCUCUCAUUCGAAGCUAGCCCAGAGAUCACACUGCGUGACGUGCCCGAACACAUCCCAGCUAUCAUCGAGCGGACAUUUUCUGAUUCGAGCUUGUUAUCUUUACGACUUUUGGCUGUCUUUCCGAGUCUAUGGGGAAUUUGUGUCCUUAUCGAUGCUCUGUUUUCUGCUGUCCUAUGGGUAGAUGUUUGGCCGUGGGGUGUAGACCUCUCUCGAGAGGCUUUGGAGAGGCUCAUGGCGGGCAGCAUAUCGGAAGACGGAGCUUCGCGUAGGGUUAAUCGAGGAGACAUUGUGCUGUCCAUGGCUUGGGCUCUGUGUACAGCUCACUUCUGCUUCGAGCUGACCACGGGCUUGACACAUCGUUGGCGAUCUUACUAUCCACUAUUAUCGACUUUGCUUCGUCUCUUAUCCUUACAGUGUCUCUGUUGGCCAGCUACAUACCUGACUCUCUGGGUGCUUGGUGCGCGUCGACCGCUUCUCGCAUGGGUAGUCAUUGGGGUGACGACUGGUUGGUCCCGCACAAUUCAGAUGUGGGUCACCAGUAAUGUCAUGACUGGGGAGACAACCCCGAAAACAAAACCUCGCUCGCCAAAUUUGCCGCCGGAGGAUCUUGACUGGAUCGAGAGAUUCACUUGGGAUCGGAAGUGGGAUUGGGACGCCGUUGCUCGUGAGGUGGGAUGGAAAAUAGGUGGAUUGUUGUUGAUCACUGCCGCGUGGUUGUUCUGGGGCUUUGAGACCGGAAGGUAUAUUGAGGUAUAGCCAUGGGACUUGCGAUCACUCGAGAGAUAGGACACGACAUGAUCUGUUACGAAUCACGAGAAUAUCAUGAAUGCAUCAAGCG